AUGUCCCACGCCCCUUCCGCUCAACCGAACGGACUCGCAUCCACCUCUUCUGCUCCCCAUAUUGCCACUCCGGCAUCAUAUCACCCUCUUCCGCGCCCUCAGCCACUCCCACCGCUCGUCAGGGUCGAUACGCAGGCUAUCAAGCAGGAGCUGCACGAUGCGCUCGGAGAGAAUGGGCUGGCGUAUUGGAAGGCUGUGAAUGGGUAUUUAGUGGGCCAGCUGAGCCGGCGGGAGCUGGAGGGGAUGGUCAGAGGAUGGUUGAAGGGCGAUAAGCUACCUCUCCACAACAAGCUCCUCAUUUCCCUCCUCCACAACGCCUCCACACCGUCACAAGCACCUCCCUCGGCCCUCCUCGGCCGGAAACGGAAGCGCGUACCAGCUCACGACCCCGACUUUGAUAUAGACGAAGCCCACAUUGAGCCAAAGCUACGGAUAGCGCAAUGGGUCGGGUCUCUGACUCAGCGAGAUCGAGGGCGGCUCAGACGCGCGAUGAACAAGGCGGCGGAGGAAGAGGCGGCUGCCGCUGCGGGUACCACAUCGGCCGCUGGGGCUGACGGGGCGGCUGGAGGUACAGCGGGCGGGACGGACAAGCCGCCAGAAGAUCCAGAGGCAUACCGCCGAAAGUCCACCUUUACUCCAAAUAUCACCCUUCCCUCCAUAUCCAUGCCCGACCGCGCCCUCCCAUCCUCCUCAGCCCUCCUAUCCCGUCUCCAAGCCAUCGCAGCCGCGAAUGACCUCCGCCUCCCCUCGGACCCCGAAGACGUCGGCGAAUUCCUCUCCCUCGGGCUCGACUCGCACCUCUCGGAGAUUCUGCAUGGUCUUGUCCACCUCACGGGGCGCGAACGACCGGGUAACGAGAGUAUUCGGAUACCUUUGGCGCAUCAGUCUUACCCCACGCCUGAGAGCUAUGACGGGGAUGACGGCGACGAGGCGGAAGGUAGUGGGGCCGGACGGAAACCGUCUCUUCAUGCCUCGCCAGACCUUCCCCAGCCGGACGUCCAGACGCUACAUCACCUCCUUACGCUCCAACCUGGCGUCCACCCACACCCCUCUCCGGCGAUAUAUCAACUUCGGACGAACCAUACCCUCGGACAAAUCGACGCACAUCGUUCUCUGCAUUCCUCGUCGCCUAGGCAGUCCCAGCCUCCCACGCCUUCUCUCGCGCACAUGCCUCGACCGACGGGUACCGGUACCGCCAACCCUAUUCCCCCUCUCGGAGCCGUCCCCAGCGCCGGCCCAUCCAGGCUCCACGCGCAAAACCCCACACCGCCCGACAGCCCCUCACGGCCCAUCGUACCCAUGCAUCUCCCCUCUUCUACAGGCUUCACCUCCGGCGGCGGGAUCGGAGGAAGCUACGCCCAGCGCGUAGAGGCUGUAGGGCGGAAUCUGCUCGAGUCGGGGUUGUUGAAGAUUGAGGUUCCGGACAAGGGGGAGGAAGAUCCGGCGGGUGGGGUGGGGGCAGGGGUGAAGGGGAAGAAGAAGAAGCAUGGGUUGCAUUGGAAGUAUGAGGAUCCGGCUUUUAUACUUAGAGAUAUCCUAGGGUAG